AAAUAAAUUCUUUUUUAUUAAUUUUUAUGUGUGGAUAUUUUUUUGAAGAAGUCAUUGGAAAUAUACUUUUAAUUGUCGGGAAUGAAGUGAUAGUAGAUAAUUCCCACAAAGGACUUGGUUAUCAUACAACGACUGAGUUGAAAGAGGAGAGACAUUUGUUCAAACCUUCAGAAAAAUAUUUACGGUGUAGUCCUUUAAUAUUGUAUAUUGAAAAUAAAAACGAGAUUUUUGCAGAAAUUUAUUUGAAUUUUCAUGACCGGAUAACUAGAAAAAUAAAAAAUAAUGACACAAUAUAUUUUAAAAUCUCAUUCAAACAAAAACACAUUAUUUUAAAUUACAAUGGAAAUGAUAACAUUUUCGAAUACAACGGUAAGUAUAGGGCAUGUUAAUCCUUAUGUUGUCUGUUGAAACAUUAAUGUCUCAUCAUGACAAAAAAGAAAUUCCAUGUAACAAAAC